UGUCGGCUGACUUUGUUAUAGUUUAUGUAGUAGUUACCCGCCAUUUCAACGAUUUCAUCGUUGUAACGUAGUCUUAUGUCUUCCUCUGAUUCAAGACGUGGAGUGCGUAAACGUACACAUGACAGAGCCUUUAGUGGUCAUUCAACUGCUGUAAACUCGUUACCUUCAUCUUGUAAUGGUCAAAAACCCCCUUCGAGUGUACAUUUCAAGUCUAAAUCUAUGUCUACAAGUUUGAAAAGGUUUGUAAUAUUCAUGCGAAAUUACAUACGUUUAAGAAUACAAAAGGAAUUAACGGACAUCAUGUCAGACCCUCCUCCCAAUUGCAGUGCAUUUCCGCGAGGAGAUAAUCUCUAUGAAUGGGUAUCAACUUUAUUAGGUCCUCAAGGAUCAGUUUAUGAAGGUGGAAUAUUCUUCCUAGACAUUCACUUUUCUAUGGAGUAUCCGUUUAAGCCCCCAAAAGUAAUUUUUAAAACUCGUAUCUAUCACUGCAAUAUUAACAGUCAAGGUGUGAUUUGCCUAGAUAUUCUCAAGAAUAAUUGGUCUCCUGCUCUUACCAUUAGUAAAGUUCUACUGUCCAUUUGCUCGUUACUUACUGAUUGCAAUCCUGCCGACCCGCUUGUUGGAUCUAUUGCUAGCCAAUACAUGCAUAACAGAUCAGAACAUGAUCGUAUUGCACGACUGUGGACACAAAAAUAUGCAAAUUCUGCUACUUAUCCCUCUACUGGACAUUCACAUGGUAUGAAUGCGGAUUCCGAGUCUUCUAGGAGAGGACCACGUAUCACGCUGUCCCCCACCCCAAGAUCAUCAGAUUCCGGGCAUUCAGGCUUCGCGUCGUCAAACAAAGACGAGAUUCUAACGGAAGUACCAUGUACAGAAAGCAGUAGUGCAAGUGCCUGUACAAGCAUUGGUGCUAGAAGUGAUGGAGGAGAAAGUGUAGAUGAAGUUCUCGAAGACGACACUCCCGUAGCUUCUACAGAAACAACUAUUGCCCAUUCAUUCACUCCGGCUUAA